CUCCAUCCCCUCAUCGGAUGUAGUUUCCUCAUGAUUUCUUAUGCAAGUAUCUGAAACUACUAUGAAAUGACCCUUGCAAUUACUAUGAAAUGUCUCUUUCAUGAUCUUUUGCAUUUUCAACAAACUUCUUUUUUGGGUAGUUUUUCAACAAACUGAUUUAUCAUACGGUACUAGUUUCUUUGAUUGGAAUAAUUUUUAUUUGAAUUUUUGUGAUUUCUAAUAUUAAUGAUUGAUGAAAGCACAUAUGAUGGACGUUGGUUCAUCAACAAUUGUUUACCAUGCAAAUUUCAAAUUUGUGAAUUAAUAAUUUUUAAUGGGAGCAGAUAGGGUAUAAAAUCUUGACCUGUAAAAUCCGGUUGCAUUAUCGUAUUGCGACAAGAUGAUACGAUGAUAUGACGUUGUAUUAUCGUAUCAUCAUGUCGUAACAUGAUGAUACUAUCGGGAUUUUGCAUGGUUUUGUAGGCAGGAGUUUUGUACUGGAACCCAAGUUUUUUCAUUAGGAAGAGUAUAAAAUACGGAGCAGGCUAAGCCGCUAGGGUACAAAAUCAUGGAGUUUUGUAGUCCCACAAAAUCUAAUCUAGUGAUUGUAAUUUGAAAAUGAAAGAUUUAAUGGUCCAUAAUAUAGAGGGGGUGAGAAGGGAAAUAAGAGAUUUAGCGGAAGCUGACUGAAUUUUUCUGGCCAGCUGACCGGAUUUUUUGUGGGCUAAUGCGGGUUUCCAGGCGCUUGUCCAAAGAUUUUUUUUAAAUAUCCUACAAAAAUUCAAUGGGCCAUAGCUCAUUUAUUUCAAAUCGGAUUUUAAAUUUUUUUGCAUAAAAAUAUCAUAUUUUUUGUGCUCUACAAGAUCAUAUCAAUUUUGAUAUUUUACACAAUUGUUGGUUAGAGAGUUGACAGGGGCGGACCUAGGCACAAGGGAGGUGUGUCAUCUGACACACCUCCGCCCUAAAAUUUUGUGAAAUACCCCUAAUUCGUCGGUACUAAAAUUUUGAUCUCGGGAUUUACGACACACCUCUGAUCAUUGUAUCCGACACAACUCCAUUGUGUUUAUGGAAAUUUAUUGUCAUAAGUUAUCAAAAUAUAUAAAUAUAAGUUCAGGCUAGCGUACGUCCGACCACCGUACGCCAAUUGGGUUUUGCUAUUUAGAUAAAUAAUUAAUCGGACUUUGAGGCAUGAUCCUAUAUCCUAACCUCUAAUGGGUGAACCCCAAUCCCUAAUUUUCUAACCCAAACUGCAAAAUUUGGUCAAUCUUAAAAUGAAACUCAACAAUCAUUUCGACGAAUCAGAAUCAUUGAUUUUAAUUUUUCAAGAUUAAAUGAAUCUUAUGUUAGGUUAGUGAAUUGGGGAUUGCGGUUCACACAUUGGGGGUUAGAGUAUAAUAUUAUUGUUUAUAAAUGAUUGUUAAGUUGUGUAUAUUGAAAAACAUUUGCUUUGCAGCAUAAGUGAUGAAUGUAUUUUAGAGACAUUUAAGCAUAUGAAAAGUCGUCGUGAUUCGUUGUAAAAUGACAUUGUGAACUUCAUAAAUUAAUUUCUUUUAAUUUCUACUUAAUUUUUUUAUUUAAUUAUUAUUCUAUAUUAGCGGCUACACACCUCUCCAACAAUCCUAGGUCCGCCACUAAGAGUUGACAGGGGCGGAGGGAGAGAGUUAGAGGGUGGGUCCCGGAACCCACCCUGGCUCGGGUUAGAAAAUGGUCAAUUAGGUACAAUAGUUAAUCAGGUAUGAAAAAUAAUAUGUAUUUAAAUGAAAUUGGUAUACCUUUGAAAUAUUUGAAGUAUGAUUUAUAACGAGAGUUGACAUAUUCAAUGUAUUUAUAAUGAGCUAUGUACAAAUGAUAAUGAUGUAUAUGAUUCGACCAAAAUUGAAGAUGUAUUUAUUCAAUAUUUACAACAAAUUUCCACCAAAUCAUAAUUCAUUAGUAAAAAUAAUUUUAUUUCAAUCAGAGGUAGGGAGAUUGUAACAGGUGUUUCCUAAGGACGAAAAUGAGUAAAUUAGUAUAAUAGUUCAUUAAGAAUGAAAUUUAGGGACUUCUAAUUGAGAAUGGUUGACCAAAUAUCAUUUGUUCGAAUCUUUGUAACCUCAUUUGUUAAAUACAUGAUAUUCGGAUUUACGUAAACUUUAAGCAUGCAUAAAUUGGUUGUAGUAAGCAGGAAAGUGUUAGUAAAUACUAAAUAGUAUUAGAUUCAUUAUUAAAUCUUUCCUAACAACUCGAGUUAAUGAUACUAAACGGUCUUGACGAAGAACACGAUUCAAAAGCAAAUGUCUAACUAAAUCAUAAAUAAUUGUUUGAUAUAUAUAUAUAUGGUGAUAUUCUUGAUAGUUUUGACAUAUAAUUUAAUUUACCAAGUUUUUGCAAAUGCAAAAUUAUAUCAUGAACGAUUUAGAAAGCUAACAAAAUUAUUUUAUCGUAUGUAUUUUUUCUAAAUGGACCCACCCUCGACAAAAUCCUGGCUACGCCCCUCUGAGAGUUGAUCAACACUUUUGGAAUACUAAAAACCUCAUUCCGAUGAACUGACUAUGAUAGUAACCGACAAAUGAAUUGAUCUUUUUUGUAAGUCAUUUGAUCAUUUCAAACCUCUCAUUACAAAGUUAUUCGAAAAUCAAAGUAUAGUGACCCAUUUGUUAAUGACCAGAAAAUUUAGGUACCGUUGACUCAGGGAAGUUUCCAAUGCCAACAAUAUAAAAACGCGACUCCUACAGCUCCCAAGUCCCAACCCUUCAACUCCAUCCCCAGUUAGCACCAAUAUCAGAUUCCAAUUUUCCCUCUCCCUCGAUAUACUCUCAAUCUGAAUAUCAAUGGCUCAGACGACGCCGAAUCACACCCAGACGGUCGCCGGCUGGGCAGCUCACGAAACCUCCGGCGAGAUAACUCCUUACACUUUCAAACGCCGGGAGAACGGCGAUACAGAUGUAACGAUAGAGAUACUGUAUUGCGGAAUCUGUCAUACUGAUCUUCACCAGGCGAAGAAUGAUUGGGGGAUCACAACGUACCCUAUUGUUCCCGGGCAUGAGAUUACGGGAAUAAUUACCAAGGUGGGUAAAAAAGUGGAGAAUUUCAAGGUUGGAGAUCGAGCUGGAAUCGGGUGUCUGGCUGCUUCGUGCUUGGACUGUGAGUUUUGCAAGAGCUCUCAAGAAAAUUAUUGUGACCAGCUUCAGUUCACUUACAAUGGUGUUUUCUGGGACGGGAGCAUUACUUAUGGCGGUUAUUCCAAAAUGAUUGUCGCUGACUACAGGUAUGUGGUGCAUGUGCCUGAGAGCCUUCCAAUGGAUGCGGCAGCACCAUUGUUGUGUGCGGGAAUCACUGUGUUUACGCCUUUAAAAGACCAUAAUUUGAUCGAAUCUCCAAGAAAGAAGAUAGGUGUUGUUGGACUUGGUGGUCUUGGUCACGUGGCUGUCAAGUUUGGCAAGGCAUUCGGCCACCAUGUUACUGUCAUUAGCACCUCUCCUUCUAAAGAGAAGGAGGCCAGAGAGCGAUUGGGUGCUGAUGGCUUCAUCGUCAGCUCCAAUCCCAAACAAAUGGAGGCGGGAAAGCGUACCCUUGAUUUUAUACUCGAUACGGUGUCGGCUGACCACGGGCUUGGGCCGAUCUUGGAAUUACUCAAAGUCAAUGGGACAAUGGUGAUCGUUGGAGCCCCGGGCAAGCCCCUUGAACUACCGGCUUUUCCUCUGAUAUUCGGGAAAAGAACCAUUAAAGGUGGGAUAAUAGGAGGAAUGAAGGAAACACAAGAAAUGAUGGACUUGUGUGGAAAAUACAAUAUAAGUUGUGACAUUGAAGUUGUGAAACCAGACAACAUCAACGAAGCUUUCAACCGUCUGGCGAAAAAUGAUGUGAAAUACCGAUUUGUUAUUGAUAUUGCUGGCAACUCGUCCAAUUUGUAAUCGGAGACUUUUUUUUUUUUGUUACUAUGUUUGUUUUUAUUUUGGAUAUUAAUUGCAUCGUGGCAAAUCGUCCAAUUUGUAAUUGGAUACUUUUCUUUUGUUAUCAUAUUUUAUUUUUCUUGUUGCAUAUUGAUUGCAUCAUGAUCUCUUAUCUUGAUGUUGGAAAACCUUGCGAUAAAAUUAUAUUUGAAAAUAAAUCACCGCAUAAAAGUGUACCAACUAGCAACCCACCUUAAACCAACUGGUGUGGCCAUAUUUGUAUUGAGUGGGUGGGAUAUUGGCAUUUUCUACGUGGUGUUAGCACAAUAGCACUAGCUAAUAAAUUCUUAGGUGCAGUAGUAUGAAAAUCUCUGUUAUGUAUAAUAUGUACGAUGGAGGAGGGUUCAACCAGGUACUCCCAAUCAGGCAAGGAUUGAGAAUAAACAGGUGCGGGUACAUCAGAAUGUGUGAUUUCUAUAUUAGAUGAAAGGGAAGUUGUUUAAUGAAAGAAAACAUCCUUAGAAAUGAAGAAUGAGUGAGAAGUGAGGUUGUAUUAGUGAGGUUUGUUAUUAUAUAUAUUUUACCCUUUAUUUCUUGAUCGUUUGACUUGGUAAUUAUCGCCCCUGUCCUAUUUUACGUUAGGUUGUGCUUCUUUUGGUUAUAUUUUAGGCCCUAGUAUAUGUUGGGAAGGUCGAGGACGAGUUGUGGGGCGAUUGGAAGCCGAAAAGCACAAAAAAGUGAAGAAAAGGCCAAUUUCACGGUUUGGGCGUAAUUGUCACGACCUCUGGACCAUGACAAUUGAGCCCAGGGUGUGAAAAUUGCCAAAACCAGAAGAGUUUGCACGUCUCGCUGACAUAUCAAUUGUUACGGUCACCAGACCUUGACAAUUUCCAGUUGACUGUGACAUUGGACUAAAACGACAACAAACACCAUGAGCUUUUGGAUGAGAUCACGACUGGGAGUCCGAUGUCACGGCCGUGAGAUCCAGGCCUUAAAAUUGGCUAUCAGGCUGUAUAAAAAGGCAACUUGUGGGAGUGAGAAAAUGAAGCUGGUUUUUGGGAGGAGAACUUGGUUCUCUCUCUAGGGUUUCGACCCCAAAUACCUAAGAGGAGUUCUAGAGUGAUAUUGGAGCUUAAUUGAAGACUUGGGUUGAUCUUCAAGUCAAGGAUUCAAGCCUACAAUAUGCAGAAUAUGAAGAUCUUGAGCAAUUUUGUAAUCUCUCUCAUCUCCUCUAUGAACUAUACCUCUUUCUCUUAGGUUGAUGAACCCGAGGUUUAGAUAUUGGUUUAAUGUUGAUGUAUGUGACAAAUUCUAUUUUUGAUUGAUGAAUUUAUCUAUUUGAUGGAUGUUUUCAGGAAUUGCAUGAUUUUGUAUACCACUUCAAGUCAAUUGAGCUUUUGACCUACGAGGGAGAUAAUCCCCUUAGCGCCCAUAAUUGACAUCAUCGGGCCAAUCCUAUCAUAUAUCAUUCGGGUAAUCAACAAGGGAGUUGAUUCAAUCGGUCUCCUAACGACAUAUGAAUCCCUAGGCUGAAUAGAGCACCUUCCCAUCCACCACUUCGUCGUUCCGGGUCAAUCCCGAGUGAAUCGAUCUCAUAACAGUAGGGUAGUUAAUCGAUUGAGCUAGAAUAGUAUUCAACAUCAAUCCAAACAAUAGAACUAAGGAGUUAAAAACCUAAGAGAGCCUCACCACUUGUAAUUAGCUAGGGUAGUGGUUAGGUUAGUUUCUUAAUCACUAUUCUAGGUUGGUUAGAUAACGAAACCUAACCCGAAGUAAGGUACACAUAGGAGACCCGUGGUUUGAUAUUUUUAUUACUUGUUUACCCUAUGCUACACCUUAUCGUCGGUUAUACUUCACCGUCAAUCAGCAUGUGUAGUUUGAGCCAUAUUACCUAAAGCCUUCGGUACCAGGAGGAUGUCUUGGUAAACAUAUGGUUCAACUAUUGCAUUAAGCUUUGUCCUUGUUGCUUUAAUCGUAGAUUCAUAAGAUAAACAACCAAAAACUCU